CCCUCAGCACACGGAGCCAAGAGUUGUAGCAGCCUACAGCACUUGCCCUUAAGCCGAAAGCGUUGUGCUUCUGCAAACAAAUCAACAUGUGUGACGACGAGGAGACCACCGCUCUGGUCUGUGACAAUGGCUCUGGUCUAGUGAAGGCAGGGUUUGCAGGAGAUGAUGCUCCAAGAGCUGUGUUCCCCUCCAUCGUAGGUCGCCCUCGUCAUCAGGGUGUCAUGGUUGGCAUGGGGCAGAAAGAUUCAUACGUAGGAGAUGAAGCCCAGAGCAAGAGGGGUAUCCUCACACUGAAGUACCCAAUUGAACAUGGCAUCAUCACCAACUGGGAUGACAUGGAAAAGAUCUGGCAUCAUACCUUCUACAAUGAGCUGCGUGUGGCACCUGAAGAGCACCCCACCUUGCUCACAGAGGCCCCACUAAAUCCAAAAGCCAACAGGGAAAAGAUGACACAAAUCAUGUUUGAGACCUUUAACGUCCCUGCAAUGUAUGUUGCCAUCCAGGCUGUGCUCUCCCUCUAUGCCUCAGGUCGUACAACUGGUAUUGUACUGGAUUCUGGGGAUGGUGUCACUCACAAUGUCCCCAUUUAUGAAGGUUAUGCCUUACCUCAUGCCAUUAUGCGUCUGGAUCUUGCAGGUAGAGACCUAACAGACUAUCUCAUGAAGAUCUUGACAGAGCGUGGCUACUCUUUUGUCACAACAGCUGAGAGGGAAAUUGUGCGUGACAUCAAAGAGAAGUUGUGCUAUGUUGCUCUGGACUUUGAGAAUGAAAUGGCAACUGCUGCUUCCUCCUCAUCCCUGGAAAAGAGCUAUGAGCUGCCAGACGGACAAGUCAUCACCAUUGGUAAUGAGCGCUUCCGCUGCCCUGAGACCCUAUUCCAGCCUUCCUUCAUCGGCAUGGAGUCUGCUGGCAUUCAUGAAACCACCUAUAACAGCAUCAUGAAGUGUGACAUUGACAUUCGCAAAGAUCUCUACGCUAACAACGUUCUCUCUGGUGGUACCACCAUGUACCCAGGUAUUGCAGACAGAAUGCAGAAGGAAAUCACUGCUCUGGCACCAAGUACCAUGAAGAUCAAGAUCAUCGCCCCACCUGAACGCAAAUACUCUGUCUGGAUUGGAGGCUCCAUUCUGGCUUCUCUCUCCACUUUCCAACAGAUGUGGAUCACCAAGCAGGAAUAUGAUGAGGCUGGGCCUUCCAUUGUUCACCGCAAAUGCUUUUAAAUCGGAGGUUGUUUUGUGCAACAUUCUCUAUGUGCAUGGCUAUUCAUGCAGGCAGAGAAAUCACGCAUGAAACAGACUGACUUCUAACAGAGACCUAAAAGGCAAGUGAUGUCACAGGGCAAAUUCAACCUCUUUCAUCUCAAUUGUUAGGCUCUAUGUACUUGCAAAUUCUCAUUGAAAGUUCAUUGAAUAAGUGAAAAUGUAACAGGAUAACAGAAUAUAUAAAUGUGUGUAUUCAAGCAAACGUUUGCACAUGUAUAGAGUACUUGCUGAAGAGACUCAUGACUCCAACACAAGACUAAUUUUAUGUAUGGGGUUUGCGUUACUUGUUAAAGGACAUGUUCGAGAACAUUUUUAAAAUAAUGGGCUUAAAUGAAAGCAGUCACUUACCGCUAACAAACUACAAAUCUCAUCAUCCUUAAUCAGCUUGAGGAAGAUAACAUUUGUGCGCCCAAGAUUGCCUCCUACAUUAGGGAUUAAUGUAUUUUAACAUCAACAAAUUAAAAAUGCCGACAUCAACAAACUGUACAUUAUUUCUUUGUUUACUAUUUAAAUUACUUAAUCUGA